CUCUCUCUCUCUCUCUCUCUCUCUCUCUCUCUCUCAAAAUGCCUUCUUCAUAUCUUCUCCAAUCUCCCAGCUUCUCCACCAAUCUCAAGCUUCCCUCAAAACCCAGAACUCCCACACCAACCCCUUGUUCUCUCUCCGUCAAAGCCUCCUCCUCCUCCUCCUCAAACAAUACCCCCGCCAGCACCUCAAGCAAAGGGAACAACAUUCGCGACGAAGCCCGCCGCCAAUACCUCACAAACCCACCACAAAACCAGAACUUCUCUGCCAAAUACGUCCCUUUCAACGCUGACCCUGCCACCAACACAGAGUCCUACUCCCUCGACGAGAUCGUCUACCGAUCCCAGUCUGGCGGCCUCCUCGAUGUCCAACACGACAUCUCCGCCCUCAAAGCCUUUCCUGGCUCCUACUGGCGUGCCCUCUUCGACUCUCGCGUUGGCAAGACCACUUGGCCUUAUGGUUCCGGUGUGUGGUCCAAGAAAGAAUGGGUCUUGCCUGAGAUUUCUAGUGAUGAUAUUGUCAGUGCCUUUGAGGGCAACUCUAAUCUCUUCUGGGCUGAAAGGCUUGGUAAACACUUCCUUGAGAUGAAUGAGUUGUGGGUUAAACAUUGUGGGAUUAGCCAUACAGGGAGUUUUAAAGAUCUGGGCAUGACUGUUCUUGUUAGUCAGGUUAAUAGAUUGAGAAAAAUGAACAAACCUGUUUUUGGUGUUGGCUGUGCUUCAACAGGCGACACCUCUGCUGCUUUGUCUGCUUAUUGUGCUUCUGCUGGUAUUCCUUCUAUUGUAUUUUUGCCUGCUAAUAAGAUCUCUAUUGCCCAGCUCGUGCAGCCCAUUGCCAAUGGCGCUUUUGUUCUGAGUGUUGAUACUGAUUUUGAUGGCUGUAUGCAGUUGAUAAGAGAGGUUACGUCUGAGUUGCCUAUUUAUUUAGCCAAUUCGCUAAAUAGUCUGAGGAUAGAAGGGCAGAAAACUGCUGCCAUAGAGAUUUUGCAGCAGUUUGAUUGGGAAGUGCCCGACUGGGUUAUUAUUCCUGGUGGGAAUUUGGGGAAUAUCUAUGCUUUUUAUAAAGGGUUUUAUAUGUGCAAAGAGUUGGGGCUUGUGGAUAAGAUUCCAAGGCUUGUUUGUGCACAGGCCGCGAAUGCCAAUCCUCUCUACUUGUAUUAUAAGUCAGGGUGGAAGGAAUUUAAAGCUGUGAAAGCCAGUGGUACAUUUGCAUCUGCUAUUCAGAUUGGCGAUCCUGUUUCAAUUGAUAGAGCUGUUUAUGCGCUGAAACAAUCGAAUGGGAUUGUCGAGGAGGCUACUGAGGAGGAGUUAAUGGAUGCAAUGGCGCAAGCGGAUUCGACGGGGAUGUUUAUAUGCCCACAUACAGGAGUGGCAUUGACGGCUUUGAUGAAGCUUAGGAAGAGUGGGGUUAUAGGUCCAACUGAUCGGACAGUGGUGGUUAGUACUGCCCAUGGGCUUAAGUUCACUCAAAGUAAGAUUGAUUAUCACUCGAAUAAUAUUAAGGAAAUGGCUUGUAGGUUUGCUAACCCGCCUGUGAGUGUUAAGGCUGAUUUUGGUUCUGUUAUGGAUGUUUUGAAGAAGUAUUUGAGUAAAACACCAAAGUAGUAGGCAGAUUAUGAGCACUGCAAGUUUUGCUUAUGUAACUCUAGCGUAUUGUUGUCUCGGCAUAGGCAUUGGUAUUGCCGCUUUUAUGAUUUCUGCCAUUGGAUGCUUCAUGUUAGGAUUUUGAUUGUCUAAUGUGUAGCCUUUCAUAGAGCUAAAUCAUAUGGAAGACCGCAUUACCAUUUUUUUAAUAAAGACAUUAUCGUUUGAAUUAA